AUGUCGCCAGAACAACACGAAGCCCCGGAUGGUGUCCCCACUCACCGCCCCGCUUCCUCCGGGCCGUCCCUUCCCUCCACCGUCCCACUCCCCGCCCCAGCCGCGACAACAGCUCCGUCCACGAUCCCAGUUCCCGCUCCGACGGACAUGCUUGGCAUCCCCACGACGACGACACCCAACAUAGCUACCACUACCACAACCAGCACCACCAGCACCCCGGCCCCCAAAAAGAAGGCAACGCCAGAAGAAAUUGACAACUGGGCACGCACCAUCUACAACUACCAUCGAAUGCACAUGCCCCUUCCCACCUUUCCUCCUAGUCCUUCCCAAGACCCAUCAGAAGACCGCAGAGAAGAACCAACCCGAAUAAUCUUCACCCUCUGCUCCCUCGACCUCCGCGUAGCUCACUACGCCGCGCACCUCUUUCUUACCACCUUUCUUCCUGCUCCUUCUCCAACACAAGUGUCAGAAGCACCACCUCGCCGCCAGCAAAGAGCCUACAAAUACCUCCUCUUCUCAGGCCACUCCGGCCUCUUGACACGUUCUUUGACCGGUGAUCCCUCCUUGGCCUCCUCUGAAGACAAAAUAUUUCAAUCCGAAGCAUCCCUCUUUGCCUCCAUCGCUCUCUCCCUCGGCGUCCCUUCUUCGUGUAUCCUCAUCGAGGAGCAAUCCACCAACACGGGCGAAAACGUGCGUUUUACUCAUGCUUUACUACAGCACCGGGGGAUACAGGUGGACGAGUUCUUGUUGGUGCAGAAACCGUAUAUGGAGCGGAGGACUUGGGGGACUUUUGGGGCGCAGUGGCCCUCUUUGUCUUCUUCUUUUUCUCAGGCGGGAAAGGUGGAAGAGGGGGAAGUGAAAAAAGUGGAGUUUAGUGUGACCAGUCCGCCGCUGGAGUGGGAGGAGUAUCCUGACGAAAAGAGUGGGGAUGGGAGGGAGUUAAUGACUAAUAUCAUGGUGGGAGAUUUGGUACGACUGAAAGAGUAUGGGGAGAGGGGGUGGCAGACGAAAAUGGAGAUACCACCGGAUGUGUGGGAGGCGGGGAGGAGGUUGGUGGAGGAUGGAGGGUUUUCAAUUUUCUGGAAAGGUGAUCUGAGGUAA